GAGCGCGCUCCCAAAAAAGCCGGCUCCUCGGCGUCGCUCGCUGGCACGCCCCGGCGCUCCGCGGUCCUGCCUGCCUCCUAGCGGGCGGAGUCCCUAGAAGCGGCUCUUCGAGUGGAAGGCGGGAAAAUGGCGGACUCCUCGGAGCGGGGCGCGGGGAAGCCCGCAGCCACUGGUGCCCCCAAGACAAAAGGAAGAAGAGUACAAGGAGGAAGAGUGGUUGAGUCCAGAUACCUGCAAUAUGAGAAGAAAACUAAGAAGGCUUCUGUGUCUGCUGGAGAGAAGUCACCAGAGGGAAGAAAGCCCAGCACAUUUCAGAAGAUCAAAGAAGACAGCCUGGUGAUGGGAACAGGAGGCCUGCAGUCCACCAUGCUGGAAGGGCACAGCACAGCCCUGCCCUGCCUAGACCUGUCAUCCAUCAAAGACACAAGCAUGUUUAGGACGGCUCCCCAGCUAGACAGGACAGUGUCAAAGAAAGCUGAGUCCACGUCCUGUACCACUCAGAAAAAGACACGCCUUCCCAAGAAGAGACAGGAUCUGCAAGAGACCAUGGACAUGAUGGAGUCUCAGACACUGCUGCUGACCCUGCUGUCUGUGAAGAUGGAAAACAACCUGGCUCUGCUGGAGGAGAAGGCUGAGAAAGACUUGGUGGCCUUAUGCCAUGAGAAGGAGCGUCUACAGCAGCUGGUGCUGGAGAUGCGGCGCCAGCUGCUGCUCCAGCAGAAACAUCAGGAGCUGGCUACCAUCCUGGAUGCCCAGAUGGAGGUGCUGGGCCCUCUCGAGGCUGUAGCAAAGCGCUUCAAGGAGCAAUACAAGACACUGGCCACAGCCUUGGAUGCCACUCGACAUGAGCUGCCCGUGCAGGGCAUCCACAUGCAGGGAAGUGGGCAGGAACUUCUAGAUGAUCUGGAGCCUGUCCUAAAGACCACCCUGCAGCUCCUGGGCGAGCUGGGCAUCUCCUCCCCGGACGCCAGCGGGCAGGUGCCAGAUGCCAGCAUGCAGGUGUCAUGCCUGCUGGAGGAACUCAGGGACUUGAUUACCAAGAAGGACCGAGAACUCUACAGGAUCUUUGGUUUAGCUAUGGAACUUUCCACCCAGGCCAGCAAGGAGGCUGCCCUGAUAAACCAAGAAGCCUGGGAAGAGGCCCAGGGCACCCCAGCCUGCGGCCAAUGGUACUUCGGUCCAGAGGCCACAGACAUGACCACUGCUGUAAACAAGUAGAGAAUAAAUGUCAGAACUUGAGUCUACAGUUCAUUCUAUGUGGCAUAAUCAUUCAAGUGUAAUUUAAAACAGUCUGAGACUGUGAUCGUGUAAUGAGAAACAAACAAUUUCAUAUUAAUGAGAACCCAUUUGCCAAUAAUUCUGUCAUUUGUAACUUGAAUCAGUCAUCACCCCUGCAAAUAACCCUUUCAAGACAUUAUUUGCAGGGGCUGGAGAGAUGGCUCAGAGGUUAAGAGCACUGAUUGCUCCUCCAGAGGCCCUGAGUUCAAUUCCCAGCAACCACAUGGUGGCUCACAGCCAUCUAUAAUGAAAUCUGAUGCCUUC